AUGCCACCCCGUCCCUUCCCUUACCCUUUCCACGUCGGCAUCGACAUAUGCUCCAUCCCACGUAUACGGAGGCUCAUGACAAGCAAAUCCUCCCAUGCCGACAUCGAUCCCAACAAGUUCCGACGCUUUCUGUUCCGCCUCUUUUCCUUCCCUGAGAUACUGGACUUUUCUGACAAGCAUCCUGACUUGUUCAACCCCGACUUGGCCCCCAGCCCUGCAAAGGAAGCUAUGAUCAAAGCUUUUACGCCGCGUAGGGUCACUUUUCGGGAGGUGGUUCUCGCAAAGCCACAGUUCUCAACCGAAGGUCCACAGGCUAUUGUUCUUGACGAGGAACAAGCAAUGACUACGAUGCAGCGCUGUUUUUUGCGUGAUCGCCUCAAGUUUACCUUUCUUGCAGAAGUCGUUGGAGAGCCUGCAUUUGAUACUAAAAGUCCAGAUCUUUGCCAUAAACUAAGAGACUCGGAUGGCCAGGUUGUACAUGUUAGCAUUUCUCAUGAUGGAGAUUACGCUACCGCUGUAUGUAUAGCUCCUAUUUGUACCCCAGUACAGAGGUCAACCACAUAA